AUGCCUAUUCAGAAGCCAAUCAAGACGAAGUAAGAUUUUUUUUCGAACUUUAUCUUAAAUGCACAAUUUGCUAGAACACAACUAUUUACCAUUAACUCUUAAUGAAUCCUGUAGCUUCACGGUUUGUGAAUCAUAUUCAGUUAGUGGUUUUUCUGUUUCUCCUUAAUUCUUUUAAACAAUAACUUCAAAUACUACCAGGAUACCUGGCCAUUUCUUCAAGACCAUUAACUUUGGUGACAUGCUUCCAUCGCCAUCAUGUUAAUGAAAGUGCUGUUUCAAGGUUGAUUACUGCGAUUUGGAUAAAGUAUAAAUUGCCGUUUCUUUCUUUGUUUAGUCAGAAGAUUCUAUGCAAGACUCCAGAUCUCACCUACGCACAGGCGAUUUGCCUAAAUUAAAGAAGACAACGUCUAGCGGGCAGCAAAACACUUAUACUCUUUGUUUCCCCUUUGUCACAGAGAGUAACCAAAAAUCAAACUGAAGUAAUGCAAAUCUUCUUGUGAGAUGUGAACCCCUUUAAUUAAGCUCGAAAAUGAGAGGUCAUUGAAGUCGCAAUCGCUUGCAUAAUGUUAUCACCAUGAUCUAUUUUUUACCAACACUUUACAUAGUCUACGCUUAUCAUUUUGCAAGACGUGAAUCACAAUGCGCUUAUAAUUAACGAUAUAUCUCAAGUUCACACAAUAACUUUAAAACAGUUGGUGUUAAUCGUUCUCUAUUUACAGAAAAUCCUCUGACCAGGUCCUGGCUAUUCCAAGUUCUAUCAUACUGGGAGCGCUGAAAGAGGCAAUAAUUCUAUCCUCAAUUUCUAUCACUUGGCCCCUUGCAAUUGCGCAAUCCCGACUCCUGCCCGCGGAUUAUGAAAGCCACUGUCCAGCCUAUGAGGUGUUCGCAGAGAUUACCAAACAUGUACGUUGACGAACGGAUAAGUGUCUCCAGUCAAUCUCCUAUGCGUUGUUGUUCAGGUUUAGUCAGUUUCAGAAAAUCUGGGGACAAGGUACACGAUUUUAGGCUAGGCAGUACUGCUGACGAAAACGCUGAAAACUGGAGGAAAUAAGUGUGCUCUGUUUAACUCUAGCAGUCUAUCGUAAACCCAGAGCACAUCAGAUAGACACAAGUCUCAGAUGCGGAGAAGCCAGUCAUUGACUUUUUUGCUGUCGUGCUUGCAAAAGCAAGCAAUACUUAAAGCAACAUGCGAUUGCAUGUCAAAGGGCAAGUGUAAUUCUUUAUUAUGAAGCUCGAUUCAGAAACGCUUAUGGAUAUUUGUGUAGAGAUCAGAGAAUUCUUCCCAGAAACUUGAGAUUACGCAUCCGUCGUAGUAGUCAUUCGAACAGUGGAUCACUGGCUUACAUCGUGGAAACGGUGAAAAGUGUGGCAUUAUGUACUUCAGACUCAUCCAAAGGUGUUGUCUGAUAAUGACAGUCGCCCCAUUUCUUAUUCGGUAGAUGUACGGUUAAAUGUUUUGAAUCUGAAAGUGGCGUUGGAUCACAGAUCUGUCAAAUAAAAGAAUGGUUUUAGUAUUCCUUGUUGAGCAACUCCGCAAAGGCAGCUGACGUCGAUUGCAAUACAUCAGUCAGUCAGCCACUUAAGAUGCAUAAGCGUUUACCGGUGGUAUAGGAUGCUGGGAAGAAAUUGGAUUUAGGAGGUCUUAAGUGAACAGAUGCAGUUUCGUUGGGUUGAAGCCAUUUUAACCUCACAUAUCUAAUUGUUGUAGACACCAUGCUAUUGAAGGAAAAAAACUUAAUGGGUCAUUGCAAAAGUGUUUACUCAAGCUUGAAACGUCAUUUGUGUUCUCUAAUGUUCACUAGGCGUCUUUGUUGUAAGUUUUUCAUUGGUUUUUAUAUAUAUUUUUUUAGUGCACGCAGGAUAUAUGCGAAAGAGAAGCCAACAAUCUACCAACACCAAUAAUUACAGUAUUUUCUGGGGCCGAAAAUACCGCAUUUGGUGGAAAGUGCCAUUUUAUCAAGGCGUUGUUCUUAAUUCCCUCGGGACAAGUCUCGACGACCGAGGUUAGUUGGCGAGAGGAAUAAAAAACGGGGUACUAUUUAGGGAUACUUAAGCAGUAGUCACUCAUAUUUCGUUUGUUCCAGUCAGAUGAAAGCACUAGUUGUGUAAUUUGCACUCAAAUGGACGAAAUCAGCUUAGAAACCCUACCGUAAAGGUCACAAGCCGUAUCCAUAUUUUAUUCAUUUGUAGCAGAAUAAAUCCUUUAGCGUUACAUGAAGCUUAGUGCAAGCAAUACUUCAAUAUUUUUUACUCAAACAACAUGUUCUGUUUUUUUUUAACACCAUCAGGCGGUUUAUCAUUGGUGUGAUUCCUCUGACCUUCUUUUCUUACGUAGGGUCAUUAAAAAGACCCAGUUAGUAUGAUCCAUCAGUUAGAUUUAGUUUACUAAAGGCAUACAUCUAAUCUAGUUUCUUGAGUGGUUGGAGAAGCUGGAUCCAAUGUCGAUUAUCAGCACGGCACCACAAAAUAUGGUACGUCUGACCUUUACUUAAAGAUUGUAAGUGCAUGUUUUCCAUGCAUUGUUUUCGUGACAGUCAAAAUGUAAAACAUUUUGUUCAGAAUAUUCGCCAGCAUCCUCAAAAUCAAAAAGCCGUUUUUGAACGCCAACUAAAUUAAACUAAUACUACCAAAGUGCGUAAGGACAGGGCUCUUUGAAAUGGCGACUUAGCAAGUUUCUUUAAAGGUUAUGUUAAUGAGCAUGUAUGACAUUUAUGCGGCAAGCCAGUAGUUCAGCAGAUCUUCAUGCUUGUGUCGUUUGUAAUUUAUUAACCUUCUCUAGCCCCGACAAAAGCAUCAUCCAGUCUAUUUUAAUCUCUCAUUCUAUGGGCAAAACGAGGGCAUGUCUAUUAUUCUCACAGUCGGCGUAAUUAUGUUUUAUAACUGACAGUUCUUAUUCGACGAUGUCCACCAUGCGCUAUAGAGCAUGGCGAGAGCGAAAAACGGUGAUUCGAGCGUGAAUUCCUUGAGAUUGCAGCGCACGGAUCGUACUCUAUUUUCCACCUGAUGUCAUGACAGAGUCAAGAAGACCGGAGGUGGGUGAGGGCGCAGGUGGUUGACAUGACAAAAACCCGCACUUCUGAGUAUCACUACACCCCCUGGUCCACAACGUGGACUGAGUAGGAUUUUGUACGACAAGAAAAAGGAAAUGUGGUUCGGACCCCGAAUGGUGCCUUCUGCCAUACCCGCAAUGUUGGCAUGGGAGGGGAGGGGAGAGUGAAACACCAUAAUUCCAGUCAGCGCCAGGGAGAAGGUGGGUCUCGGCAAAGGUGGUUACAUGCGGGUGGCUGGUUUGGUGGCCUGAAGGCGGCCGCAAUCAGGCUACGCAGGCCGGUCCUAUGCGCACAGAGGAACUUCAUACAGGUCCCACAGUUGCCAUGGCUCAAAGCCACCAAGCCAGCCACCCGCAGGUAAUUACCUUCGCCAGGACCCACCUUCUCCACUGGCGAUGACUGUAACUGUAAUUUAACUCUUUCCCUCCCCUCCCCAAACCCGAGGUGCAGCUUAAUUAUCUAUUUGCCCGUAUCUUUUAAUUCAUUAAUUAAAUAGCCAUAUAAAUGCACAGGCCUGAAGAGAAUUGAUCGAAAACAGACUUAUGCUCGCCAAGUUGCGUUUUGAAUUCCCAAUAACGCCAUCCAGACCCUAAAAUGGCUCCAUUGUUGGUGCAGUGUCGAGUGUUCUGUUUUAGGAACAAGUGUGCUCCAGAGUUUACUUGACAGACUACGCGUUAUGUAAUAAGGACUUUGACAGUUCCAUCCCGUCUUGUUUUGAACUGCUCGAUCCAAUAAUCCAUCCUAAGGAAUGCUACAUUGAUAAAAACACAAACCCAUGCAGGUGUGGUUUCUGCCUUUAUGAAACGUUUUAGAAAAUGCUCAGUGGGUUACCUAAAUCAUAAAAUAUAUCGAAAUUUACGAAUGAUUGCUAUUCCCUUCCAAACCGCCAAACUAGAUAGGUGAUGCACAGUAGGUUCUAACCCUAUUCCCGCUUUAGGCCCAUUUGCUUCAAAGGCUAUUACUAAGAAGGUGAACAAAUUAUUUCUGUAAUGAGACCAGUUAGAGCACUUGAGAGAAUUCACUACGUCCCUGAUACGAGGCAACUUCUCGGAACGAAAUUCAGUAAAAUGUUUUAAUUUGAUUGGGUGGACAGAAUAGACAAAAAUUAAGUAAUGACUACGGACAAAACAGAUCGAAAAAAUGGCUUUUGCCUCGUAAGGGAAAAGCGUCUAACCUGUUUUUCAAAAUUAGUGGAGGCGUUUGUAAAAUUAAUAAACUAGAUGGGUUUCAGUAAAUCCUAGAUUAUAUAAUUCAUUACUUCUGCAUGUUUUAAAAUCGCUAACAUAGUUGAGGAGAUAAUGUGCAGCUGUCGUAAGUUGUAAAGUACUCGAUAUUUUUUGCUCUCGUUAUUAGGCGUCCCAAGUAACAAUUGUUGUAUAGUUGUCAGAAACUGCUCAUGUAAAAUGUGUCCUAAUUAACGCAUGUAUGUUUAUCAGUGUCCUGAAGAGUUAGUAUGCGAUGCCUUCGUGAGCAAACACACUUCGUUCGGUGCGCCUGUAGAAGACAGUGUCGGUUCAAAGUUAGCGCCAGCUGCCUAGAUGUUCUACUGGAGUAAGCAAAUACGUAUUUUAAUUGGUUCGGAUUAGAGAAACAAAAGGAUGGUCACCCGGGCAGCGCAUUUAAACCAGAUGCCCAUUGUGCAGUGAGAUCCUUUUUAAUUGUUUCCGAAUUUACACCAUACAGGCGACUCCUAAAGUUAACAAUGGGUUCGUUUGUCUCUUAUGUCACCGCUAUUACGCUUUUAACGAAAAGGCGUGUUCGUUGCAUGUACCAUUGUCAAACGCCCUCAAUUGACAGCUGCCUAACCUGACCUAUUGCAGGAUCAUCCUGUAAGUACCAAACUACCAAGUAUCUGCAGCGACGUAGGAAGCAGUUACCAGUCUCGCCAGCUUUCUGCCGUUUUCACAUCAAGAAGCAUGUGCUGUCACUCCGGUUGACAGUUAGCCGAUCACGGUGGGGGAAAAUGGCAAUCAGUUCAUAACAUAUAUUGCUAUGGGGCGGUCCAGUAGCUGAUGAUAACUGUGCACGAAUAAAACAGUUAUUUUUAAAACCAAUUGCUUGCGAAGACCACAGUAACAGCCUAUUAUUUAGUAUCUGCAACAGGUUUAUCAGUAGACAAGAGAAAACACAAAACAGGGUAGAGGAAAGCAUGUAAUUGAAAGAAGGUUGGUUAGUGGGCAAAUUGCACAUAUAAAAUUACUCACAUAUAGUGCAUUCGGUAAUUCGUCACAAAGAAUAUAUGCGGCAUUGAAUAGCUGAAAAGAGAUCUCAGUUGAGUGUUCCAGGUUACGACGAGCACACGACAUUUCUGAGAGUUUCCGCGUGUAUUUUAGGUACCCGUAAUUAAAUUUGUAUUUAUUUUGAAUAAUUGUCUCUGUUUAAUCAAUUUAUUAACUCCAGUAUUCAGGGCCGUUGCUUAAUUUUUACAGAGCAGGGUAAAUUUGCUAUUAAAAUAUACGCAUUUCACACAUAACAUGAUCACCACCUGUCUAAAAUGCAUUUCAGCGAGCAAAAAUAUUAGUUACCCAGGCUGGAAAUAUGACCUUUCCGUUUGACAAGCCAGAACAGGUUAUUGACUUCUUCGUGGGUUAUCUGAAAGACUGUGGACUGGAAUCUGCUUUUACGUUUGGAUUGCAAAUCGAACCGUACGCUAUAUAUGAUGAGGUAAUUUCACACCUGCUCUUGAAAUCAAAACGUCCCGUAAGAACUUUCGACUUUCUAAGCGUAGCGUCAACUCAAACAAAUAGAUUUUAAAUGAAUGAUUUGGCUGAUUCGUUUGUUACAUUUAACAGAAUAUAAAAGUUUAAAGUGACCGUAAGCAUCGGUUUUUCACACCUAGUGUCUUUAAGCAUACAGCUAGUGACUUUUUGACAUUUUAGGCUCGGAACACUUACGAUCCAAUUUCAGGAAUUUAUAAAUCUCCAACUGACUUUGCGAAGUUUUAUGGGGACCUUUCGCAAGCGUAUCCACAAAUCAGACUCUUUAUUGAUCCAUUCCGCGCAGAGGUAGGACAGCACAAAAUAUAUUUUUCUGCAAUAACUGUUUUUUCUAUCCAUCAUAUUACACAUUCACUGAGCGCUGAUAGGUGUGCGUGUAUUGAUGUUCAGAACGGACGUUAAGGGCAAGGAGCAAAACCGCGCGUCGCUCGUCCUUGAAAAUGUGGUUACGUUAAUGCUGUAUACGUUAUUCGAUGGUAUGAUACAGUUUGACCUUCGUAAAUUGAAGUUUUCGCAGAACUGGGACGGUGCUACAGUAGCCAAAGCCAGCUGUAGGCUCAUUUCAAGCUUGUCAACCUUAUAAACUUCGGAGUUUUUUUACUUUCACGGGACACUGCUGCAGCCAGAACACAAAAACCCACAGUUUGAGUAGGUGAAGUCCCUAUCCUGCUUCACGACGGUUACGAUAUAAAUGGCAAAGGCAUGACAUCGAGAAGCUAGUUGUGGUCAAAAGGAAAUCAGUAUCCAAACUGAGAGGACACGCAGAAGCAACUUGGUCGGCUUUGAUUUUACCUAAGUAUAUGAAACAACAUGAACAACAGCUAUACAAGGAAGGCACGAGCGCAACUAGCACAAUGGUUUAUAAACGACGUUGAACAUUUGGUCUCUGCGAGUACAGCGCUUGACUGAUCGAGGGCAACUUAAUAUGUCGAGAUAUAACCGCCGGACCUCAGAUAAAUGUCUACAGGAUUUGAUAACGAACAGUUUCAGUAGCCUUAAGUCUGCGCAGUCCUUCAGAAAGCAAGCGAAUAAAUAGGACACCCAUCUCCCCAUACAUUUCUGCCUGAAGCAUUGGCGGGGGGUCAAUAUUUUUGCGAUUAAAUGAUGCAUGGGCAAGCGGGUUAGAAAAAUGUAGCAACAUUUACGUCGAUUGGCUUGUAUUCUUUUGACGAGUUUUGAGUUAGUUAUAACUUCAUGAUGGACGGUAGUUCAAAUCCUCGAAAAAACUAGUUAAAAUUGUCGUAAUUUCAGUAAUUUAAACCGAUUCCAUGAGGACGCCGUCAGCUUCAAAUGAGCGUGUGGUAGGCUCCAGAGUCUGUGAUGUGGCCUCAAAAAACAGAUGUUAUUCCAAUCUUGAAUGCUCAUACGUAUACUUGAGGAAGUUAUUUUGAUCAGAUGUGGUCAUGUAGCCGCACCUGAUGUAAACAAACCCCAGCCGCGUGUCAUACCGGACCAUUGGCAAUAGGGGUUUUUUCAGAUGGGACCGGGAAACACAUAAGCGACGAGAUCAAGCAGUUGUAUGCAAAUAAAAGCUAAUGCGGAUGCAAGGUUGGGUGGUUGAGAAAUAGUUGCCGUAACCACUACUCCCUAAUAAUAUUGUGUCUAUCAGGUGCGGCUGCAUAACAGCAUCUUACCAACAAUUUUGUUUCAAAAUAUACUACAAGUCAGAGUAGGACUUUGAUUUCUCCUGCUUGCAUAAUGCGCUGCCCCACCCGUUGUCAUUAACAACAUUUUAACAGCUAGGUCAGGCGUAGCAGUUAAUUAAAAGCAUGCACUUUUUUCCAUCAAAAACCCACUUAUCAUUCUGCCCUGAUUCCGUGCCUUGGUCCCUGUAGGAUGCUGAGGCAUGGCAUACUUUGGACAACCUACUAUCUAGCAGGCAGAGCGGUCGACCCUUUCUCUGCUCAAGCACUACGGCUAGUCGAGUCGCGAAGCCUACCAAUUUGGACACAGUACCGGAGGCAGUGCUAGACCAGACCCUUCUCCGUCGAACCACAUCGCCUUCUGUGGCCUUCAUCAGCAGACUGGCCCGUGGCGAGGAGGUGGAAGUGGCGGCGACGGCGGCGGCGGUGAGAGAAAAGGAGGCUUCCAUCGAUCCGCCGCCCUCUGAGGUGUCACGCGCCAGGCGGGAGACGAAACAGAUGAAGGGCAAGCAGCGAGGGAAGGAGAAGCAGGAAGAGGAGUCUGGCCUGCCUCCACCGCCAUCGCCACCGCCGCACAAAGUAGCCACCUGUUGGAUGUGGAGCUGCACUAUCUCCGUGGACUGUCUUUUAGUCACCGAAAUGGCUCAGGCUGUGGCCUAUAUGCAGAGUAAGCAGAUAUCACUUGCAUCCUUUAACACUAUCUGA